AUGAAUUUCACGACCAAGUUCAUAACAUUGCUAGCCAGAUACAAGAAUCUCACGGGGAAAACUAGCCUAUAUACUAACGAAAGGGUGAAUCUCACGACCAAGUUCAUAAAUUUAUUAGCUAAGCGCAUGAAUAUCACGGGCAUGAUCAUAAAUCAUAUGCCUAAACGUAUGAACGUCGCGGGCAUGAUCAUGAAUCAGACGCCUAAAGCGCUUGAAUUCCCCGGGCAUAAUCCCCAUACACGAAAUCCUACCACUAAACACCAUCAAAAUCUAUCUACAAAACAAGAUAUCAAAGAAAAAGAACGCAAACUUGGAGGGAAAAUGAGGAGCGACGGUUGUUGA